AAUUUUUUAAGUCUGUGGUGGAGAAUGCGCAUGCAUUUUGGUUCCACAUCUGUCAAUAUAGCAAGUGUCAAAUUUUUAGGUUAUGCAUGGAUUUAAUGCCUUUAAGCGCGAAAGCGUUCCGCUUUACUUCUUCAGUAGCGUUAAAAGUGUGGAAGGGUUUUGCGACAAUGGCAACAGACAGUAAAACCCCAAAAUUAAUGAAAAAAAUCGGAACGCACAGCGGCGUGUUUCACUGCGAUGAAGCCCUUGCUUGCUACAUGCUAAAACAACUUCCGGAUUAUCGCGAAGCUGAGAUUAUAAGGACUAGAGACAUGCCUGUUUUAGACACGUGCGAUGUUGUGGUCGACGUUGGUGCAGUCUAUAAUCCAAAAAUCAAUCGUUAUGACCACCAUCAGAGAGGUUUUGAAGAAACUUUAAGCAGUGUAAGGCCAGAUCUGGCCAAAAAGAGCACAAUCAAGUUAAGUUCAGCCGGAUUGGUCUAUGCACACUUUGGGUUGGAUGUUAUCAAGGAGAUAAUAGAGCAGCAAGGGUAUCCAAUUCCUGCCAACUGUCUUCAAAAAGUGUUCUUACAUGUUUAUGAAGGUUUUGUUGAGGAAAUUGAUGCUAUUGAUAAUGGGGUUCCUAUGUAUGCAGAAGGCAAGCCAAGGUAUCGCAUAAAUACAAAUUUAAGUGCGAGGAUACAUAGGCUGAACCCAGAGUGGAAUUCAGAAGAGCCUGAAUCCACCGACCAGUUGUUUAUGAAGGCUGUGGAGAUGGCAGGAACGGAAUUCACGGAACGCGUAAUUGAGGCGGUUACCAUAUGGUGGCCAGCACGACAAAUCGUGCGAAACGCGAUCGAAAAUAGAAAGAAAAUUCACGAAUCUGGCGAGAUCAUAGUCCUGGAAGAGCGGUGUCCGUGGAAAGAGCACCUUUUGGCUUUGGAAGAGGAAAUGGGAAUUCAGGAUCAGUUAAAAUUUGUCAUUUUCCACGACAAAAGUAGCUCGUGGAGAGUUCAGGGAAUUCCUAUUCAGCCAGAUAGUUUCAUUUGCAGAGUAUUUUUGCACAAGGACUGGAGAGGAGUGCGCGAUGAUCAGCUUAGUGAUAUUGCGGGUAUUGAGGGAUGUGUCUUUUGUCACGCCACUGGUUUUAUUGGCGGCAACAAGACCAAAGAAGGGGUAUUGCAGAUGGCGAUAAAAAGCUUAAAAGCGGCUCCUGCUGAUAGGGAAUAGAUCUGUCGUGUGUAUGAUUCUGGUGUGUUAUAUUUUUUAAAAUAAAAUAGAACAGACAAA